AUGUGGUGUGUACGCUUAUUACUGGCAGUGUUGCUUCCCUUUGCUUCAGCUCAGAAUGUUUCCACUGUCUCGCCAAGCAAUGACAAUAAUGACAACGUGAAUGAUAUCCAAGCAGUGAACUGCCGUUAUCUUCUGUUGGCUCCCUUUUCCACAGAGAAAGGAGACACGGCAGAUGCCAACUUUACAGAAUUGGGAGCCCAUUACGCGGCCUCUGCUCAGUUGGCCAUUGACUAUCUCAAUGAGGAAUAUGAGGGUUGCACCAUUACACAAGAUGGUGGUGAUGGUAAUAGGACUGGUGUCUCGCCCAGUUCUGUCAGUAGUACGCGAAAGCUGGUGGAGUUUGGAGAUUUGUUGACUCGCGACACACAGCAAGAGGACACGACUGGAUUUCAAGAAUUGGUGCAAGCGGUCGAAGGCUACGGAACGAACGAAAAUGACGACAGUACUAGUAGUAGCAGUAUCUGUGGAGUAGUGGGACCCUUCGAUGGCAAAGGUCAAGAAAAGACCAUUACUUACACAGAAGUCCAUGAACUGCCCACCAUGACAUUGACCGGAAUGGACAUUGAUGAUUUGGCAGGCAAAGAUAGCAAGACGGCCAUUGGAAACAUGAUGGAUCUCAAGGACUACUGCAAACACCUGGCCUUCUAUUUGAAGCACUACAUGGACAUGACACAUCUGGCAGUCAUUGCCAAUGGUUCCAAAAAGGGACGAUUGCUAGAAGACAAAAUCCCGGAAGCCAUGGCCAAGCAAGGCAUUGAAACCAGAGUACUUCGAUUUGAAGAAGACAAACAUGAGGAUUGGGAAAAGACACGACAAGAUCUAGAACAGAUACAACUCACGGGAAUUCACAACGUGCUCAUUCUGGCAGACUACCGAAAACCAGAGGCGCUCCUCUGGAUGGCACAGCAUUUAGAAACACUCGACAUGCUGCAGGGAGACUAUCAGUACUUUUUGUUUGAAGACAACGUUCGUCCCAGAGAGAUCAACUAUCUAUUUGGAAAGGAACUGCAGGACAAAGACCACCCCAUUGCGAAACUACUACAUGGAGCGGCAUGGUUCAAUACCAUGGAUCCUUUUGAACUGGUCGUUCAUGCGGAUGCUGAAACCAACAGCCAACUACCCGCAAUGGAUCCAUUCCUCCCAAGGUUCCAGGAAUUUGAUGCCACAAGAAUAGACUAUCCCAAAACAGGCAUUCCGCUCGGACAAGACCAUUUUCAAACGGCAAUCCCCUUUCGAUUGUCUUCGUAUGUCUACGACUCGAUUCUGGCCAUGGGAAUGGGAAAAUGCUAUGCGAUCAAAGAGAAACUGCAGAAAGACGCAAAAGACGAUGAUAAGAUGGAAGAAGACAAUCGACGAUUUCUACAAGACAACAACAAUUCACCGCCACCCAGACCAGAGGACGAUGAAGACUCCAAGGAUGGACCGCCACCGAGGCCUGACGGCGAGGAAGGAGAUUCCAAACCACCACCCAAGAAAGACGAGCCCAAACCACCGAAGAAUGAUGUUGUUCGAAACAUUGUGCAGCUAGAACCGUUCCUGGGAGCUUCGGGGACUGUGGCCUUUGACUACAACAAAGACGAACGGUUCCGAGCCGUGGAUACCAUGCAAAUGGCCAUGUUCAACUUUCGAGUCGUUGAAAACCAAGACAGCGGCGUCAUGACUGUUGAGACACCCAUUGCCGCUCAUCUCGACACAUCCACGCAACAAUGGAUAACGCUGCAGUCAUUCCUCUUUGGAAGCACUUCGUCCGAUACUCUGCCCAAUCCACAAUUUGUGGUAUCUGAAGAGAAUUUCCUCUCCAAUUGGGUAUUUGGUCUUGGACUCUUUCUGUUUGUCUUUGGCGCAGUCUUUGCCCUGGCAUCCUUUGCUGCCGUUACCUAUUAUCAAAAGGAUGGAGCGAUACGCAUGGCGCAACCGUUCUUUCUCAAGCUCAUUUGUUUGGGAUCGUUCAUUGAAGUGUGCACCAUUCUGCCGCUCUCCUUGGAUGAAAGUCGGGGACUCGACGAUGGACAGCUCGAUGCGGCGUGCAUGUCUGUUCCGUUGCUCGUAUUCAUCGGCCACGCCAUUAUCUACAGUGCCAUAUUCUGCAAGCUCUGGCGUGUGGAUCAAGUCAUGAGCGCUCAACGACGAACCCGAAUAGAGUUGCAGGUUCUUUGGCCCCUGGGAUUGGUCCUUUUCGUCAUUGUGACCAUCUUGAUUGUAUGGACAGCAGUGUCGCCUUGGCGCUGGGAACAUGAUUUUGUCAGUCUGUCUCCUCCCGAAACGUAUGGCAAAUGCCAUUCAGACAAUUUCGCUGCCUUCUUUGCCCCUCUUUCCGCCAUUCUCAUGGCCUGUACAUUGCUCACCGGUUUCUUCGUCUGGCGGACCAAGGAUAUCUCACAAGAUCUAUCAGAUACGUCCACUGUGUUCUACCUCAUUGUCACUCAGCUGCAAGCAUGGUUUGUGGGUUUGCCAAUCCUCGCAGUCAUUGGAGAUUCUUCCGUCAACUCUGUGUACUUUGGACGAAUCCUUCUAAUUUGGGUCUUUGCCAUGGCACCACUCCUUAUUGUCUUGGGAAGCAUUAUGGUUUCGGGAUUGGAGCCCACGUCACAGCCCGCGUCGCUAGCCUUUUCCCACACAGUUGGAGGGACUGGUGGAGGGCCUCAUGGGUCCGUGGCAUUGUCAAAUGGCAGUACACCGUUUCGCGCUUCUGUGGCAGCUCCAGCGAUACAACCACAUGUGGAACGCGCCAGCUUCACAUCAAGCACUGGUGGGCGGCGUGUCUCGGACUUCUUCGACAGCACUAGCGAAUUUGCAAUCGAAGGUGACGACUCGGAAAAACAAGGCGGGUUGACGCUGGAACACAUUUCGGAACACCCUGGUCUCGAAGAAGCAGCCGUUAUGGCGUCGGAGCGAAGGAUAGAGGAGGAAGCAACAAAAGCCUCUUCCCACGACCAGGUAGAUGGAAAGGAAAGAGCACUCGAGAACGUCGAGGAGGAUCGAGACUACAAUCAAGAAGAACUGGAUAACGACUCGGAUGAAUUCUGUUCUGGGUGA